AUGCUUUCGGAUGACCUGCUGCCAAAAAUUCUCGCACUGCUUCCGGCCAGGAAAUCGCAGCCGCUCGUAUGCCAUGCGUGGAGCAGACUCCGUCGGCUGGUGCUGCCCAGUCAGCUCGAGCGGGAGCAGAGCGCGGCAGUGCUUUGCAGCGCUCUCAGGGCCUACUACCUACAGCGCGAGAUCGCUGAUGCAUGCUGCCGUGCUCUUUUUGGGGUGGGCGCGACCACCGAGGGGGCGAACAGCAUUCGCAGUCAACUCCUGGCGGAUGCGGGCGCGCCGCAAAUGGUCGUCACCAUGAUCCGGGACCAUGGCGACUGCGUCCCCGUGCAAGCGGCGAGCUAUGGUGCCCUCGGUUGGCUGUGCGCCGGCCAAAGUGGCCCAGACGAGGAGGGUCGCCUUCGCAGAGACACGAUUAUGGGCGCUGGGGCACUGCCAUUAAUCAUUGCCGGCAUGCGCGCGCAUCCGAGCCAUGCGGCUGUACAGCAAACUGGCUGCCACGCCCUGUCUGCUCUCGCCCGAGGACAGGUACAGGCGAUCGUGGAAGCGAUGGCGGCGGCGGGCGCGCUAGCGGCCGUCGUGACUGGCAUGCAGGAGCACCGCGACCGUACCGGGGUCCAAGAGAACGGCUGCAUCGCGCUGGGAACCAUUUGCUGCGAGAGGCACAUGGGGGGAAAUGUUUUCGGCGUGGAUGAGUCAGUCAGCCAGGCGGCCGCCUCUGCGGGCGCGCUGGCGGCGAUGGUCUUCGUGGGUUGGGGAGAGGGCAGCGCUGCGCGGCGUGCAAGUGCUUUGCAGCUGGGGGCGGAGCCGGCUUGGCUCAAGUCGCGUCAGGACGAGCAGAUCGAGGAAAUAGACUGA